AUGUACAAUGCAAUCCGAAGAGGAACGAAACUGCAGUUGGACAAAGGAAAACCGAGUCGUCUUUUGGUGCGGACCUUGGGUGGCACAAAUCCAUAUGAAAGCUUGACCCAGCAACUGAAAUCCAGGCACAGCCUUUCUGGAUCCAACAGAAGUAUUCAGCUCCUCACCAAACCAGCAUAUGGUGAUCAGUUGCAAACAUAUGCGUACAAUUCCAACCAAAGAUUCAGAGAAAUCCAUCUGCCAUCGACACAAUCUAUUCCAGCUGCCUGCAAGAUUGACAACGACGACGAGUCAUCUACGGAUGAUAAAGACCUCGCAUACUAUCGACGAUCUUCGGUUUCACAGCCUACUUAUGAAAUGAGACUUUCGGGUCCGAUUCGACCAUUUAGUGGCCUCGAAAGACCUAAAACAUCCUACCGUUUUGAGAGUAGACUUUCCUUCUCCAGCAGACCAGGACGAACAGGCGCCAAAAUCCCAACUCCAAAGACUGAAUCGUCGUCGUCCAUCAGAAAAACAAUCUCUGCCAUUGAUCCAAUGAAAGUGUUCAAAAGUGGACUGGAUAUGACUUGGUAUGCCACAAAAAUUUUGGUUUCCUUUCUCGUUAAACUGCCUGGAAAUACUUUGUACUACAUUAUGAAUUCUGAGGACCGAAGGGCUAAAAUUGCCGAGAUCAAGGCGAUGGCCAAAAAAGAAUUUGACCAUUACUGGACUGGAUCAAAGCUUUUGAUGGCCGACGUUCGGACAGCUCGUAAUUUGUUAGGCAGAACACUUUCUGGUUCGACAUUGACAAGACGCGAAAGAAAGCAGCUUCUUCGAACUGUGUCUGAUCUGUUCCGUCUGGUUCCAUUUUCGAUGUUCAUCAUCAUCCCUAUGAUGGAGUUCGUGUUGCCGUUUGCACUUCGUCUAUUUCCCAACAUGCUUCCCAGUACUUUCCAAGACUCCUUGAAGUCUGAGGAAAACAUGAAGCGAGAGCUAAAAUCCCGUAUUGCCAUGGCUGAGUUUUUCCAGGACACAUUGGAAGAGUUGGCAAAGGAACAAAAGCGCAUUGUUGGAAAGCGAAAUGACGAAAAACCGGAUGAUGAGGAGUCAAUCAAUCAAAAACAAUCCGCUGCAUCCAUGUUGGAAUUCCUGGAAGGGGCCAGAAAUGGACAAAUGAUGCCCCCUGAGGUCAUCAUUCGGUAUGCUAAGUAUUUCAAGGAUGAUCUUACAUUGGACAACAUGCCAAGAAUGCAGCUGAUCAAUAUGUGCAAAUACAUGGGGAUCACUCCUUAUGGAUCCGACAACUUCUUGAGAUUCCAACUACGGUUUAAGAUUAGGUCGUUAAAGGAAGACGACCAGCGUAUCUUGUUUGAAGGUAUCAACUCUCUAACAAAAAUGGAGCUCCGAGAAGCAUGUCAAGACCGAGGAAUGCGUUCGACGGGUCUUAGCAAAGCAGCAUACAAGCGCUCGCUGCAACAAUGGCUGGAGUUGAGUGUGAACUUCGAUGUACCAAUCUCUCUAUUGAUCAUGAGCCGUACUUAUUUCUUGCAGGAAGAAAUGGUAUCAGCAACCACUGGCGAAGAUAGCGCUGGUGUUGCUGGACUUGCUGAUGCGAUCAGUGGCUUGGAUAAGGACGUGCUGAAUGAGGUCAUCUUGGGGGUUGCAACCUCGGAAGAACAGAAGUCAGAUCCUGAAGUGAGAAAGAUUAAGCUUGAAGUUUUGUCACAUCAAAACAAAAUGAUUGGGGAAGAACAAGCUGAAAGAGAAAAGAAAAUUGAGUUGGCAAAAGCGGCCGCUGAAGAAUUGGAGGCGAAGUCGGAAGAUGCUGCCGCUCCAGCCGUCAAAGAGGAAAAUGAGCAAAGCAGUGAACAAAAAAGCAAGGAGCCGAAACAAGAAAAUGUGUCGCUUAGGAAAAAGACGGCUAAGGAUAUCAUUGCGGAAGUCGAGCAUGCCACACCAACUGGUAUGGAUGCUGAUAAAACGGUCGUCAAAAUUGUGGAAGAUGGAAUCGAAGUGGAAGAUGAGCAAGGAGAAGUUGUAUAUUCUACGGAAUUAUCGGCUGAUGAAAUCGAGGCAAUCGAACAGCUGAUUUCAGCUGAUCCGGUGAGCAAGGAAAGGCAAGAUCUAGAACGGAUCAAGUCGGCCCUAAAAGCGAAAGAAGAGUCAGAGGAGGAUGCCGCCGAAAACGCAACAGAAGAUAAUGAGCAAGCAGCCACUGAUUUCGCGGAGAAUGUUAGUGACGAUUUGAGCUCGGCUACUGAGAAAAUUGACGCGAUGGAGACGAAGGCUGCAAAAGAGGCAGACGAGUCGACUGUCUUCACGACUCACACCAGCGAGGGAGAGAAAGCUCAUGACGCGUCCUUCGUAGAAGGGGAGAGCGAGGUUGUUGAGGAGGAACCUGAACCUGAAGAAGAUGCUGUCGUUGCAAGACUGAAAAAGCGAAUCGCGAGCAUGGUUGACAAAAUUGAAGUGCAGCUCUCGAAGGCAGAGAUUCAAAUUGGAGAUAAGCUCCACCUUCUGGACAAGGAUAACGAUGGUCUUCUGACGCAGGAAGAAAUUGUUGAAUGCUUACAACAAGUUCUAAAGCGACAGAUUACAAAUGAGGAAGCCAUGGAAUUGGUUGAUGCUAUGGAUACGGAUGGUGAUGGUGUAUUGACGGUCCAGGAACUUGUUUCAUGGCUUGAGACCAAUAAACUUGUUAAGCUAGAGAGUGAAGGGAGGGAUCGAGAUAUGGAUAGAAUACUAGAAGGCCAACAAUCCGGAGAGGAGGAAAAGCCAGAUGAGUCUUUGAAGCAAAAGCAGUAA